AUGAACUGUUCAGAUGCACAGAAGGUGCAGUUUGGCACUCAUAUGCUUGAGAAAGAAGUUAAGGAUUGGUGGCGCAACACUAUUCAGAGAUUUGAUAAGGAUGACAUUGAAGUGACUUGGGCACUUUUCCGUGAUGCUUUUCUGGAGAAGUAUUUUCCAGAAGCUGUUCGUGGAAAGGAGGAAAUUGAAUUCCUUGAGUUGAAGCAAGGUAAUGGUAUCGUAGCUGAGUAUGCUACAAAGUUUGAGGAGUUGAUCAAAUUUUGUCCCCAUUACAAUACUUCUAAUACUGAGAGAUCCAAGUGUCUUAAGUUUGUGAAUGGCUUGAGACCUGAUAUCAAGAAGGCACUGGGUUACCAACAGAUUACGAGAUUUUCUGAGUUGGUUAACAAGAGUAGGAUUUAUGAUGAGGAUAGUCGUGAGAGUGUUGCUCAUUACAAGUCCUUGCAUGAUAAGAAAGGAAAAGGGCAAUUCCGAGGGAAGUCGUAUGAUUGUAAGAAGAAAGCGGGUAAUGGCAAGAAGCCAAGUGGGGGAGGAUCUCACACUCCUGUCAAGUGA